GUUGAAGAAAAAGAGGAGGAACAAGCUCAAAUAUAAUGGAAGUAUUUCAAAUGCAUUGAUGCUUGCCAUGGAACUCCCUAGAACCUUCAUUUUGUACCAGAGACAGUAAAAUUGUGGUUUAAUCCAGGAGUGGAAAACAGAGAAGAACAUACUAUAUCCAUGUUAGGAAAAAGAUAGUUACUGCAAGUGAAGAAAAUAACAUUAGCGUUGCAGAAAGAUGAGUAUGUUAAAGCCAAGUGGACUUAAAGCUCCUUCAAAGAUCACCAAGCCUGGGAGUACGUUACUGAAAACACCUGCACCUGUUGCAGCUGCUCCUGCAGAAAAAGCAGCUUCCAGUGAAAAGCCCUCAAGCACAACCACUGCAGACACACAUGAUGAGUUUGUGGAUGAUUUCAGAGUUGGGGAGCGUGUUUGGGUCAAUGGCAACAAACCUGGCUUUAUUCAGUUUCUUGGUGAAACGCAGUUUGCUCCAGGACAAUGGGCAGGAAUUGUUCUAGAUGAACCAAUUGGUAAGAAUGAUGGCUCUGUGGCUGGAGUUCGGUAUUUCCAGUGUGAACCCUUGAGGGGAAUAUUUACAAGACCAUCAAAGUUGACAAGAAAAGUGCUGACAGAAGAUGAAGCUAAUGGUACACAGACAGCUCAUGUUUCUAGAGCUACAUCCCCAACUUCCACAUCAGCUGCUAGUGUGGUGUCUUCAUCCCCUGCUGCACUUCCCCCUUCAGGAAUUCCACAAAAAGCUUCACCGCUUGCUGCUAAGGAGCACUCAACUCCUCAACUUAGCAAUCUUUCAAAAACUGCCAGUGAAUCUAUAUCAAAUCUCUCUGAAGCAGGAUCUGUGAAGAAGGGAGAGAGGGAGCUUAAAAUUGGAGAUCGAGUUCUGGUUGGUGGAACAAAAGCUGGAGUUGUUCGUUUCCUGGGAGAAACUGACUUUGCUAAAGGAGAGUGGUGUGGAGUAGAGCUGGAUGAACCUCUGGGAAAGAAUGAUGGAGCCGUUGCUGGAACAAGAUAUUUUCAGUGUCAGCCAAAGUACGGUUUGUUUGCUCCAGUCCACAAAGUUACGAAGAUUGGAUUCCCCUCAACUACACCAGCUAAAGCAAAGACAACUGUGCGAAAAGUGAUUGCAACUCCAUCAGCCCUGAAACGUAGUCCAAGUGCAUCUUCCCUGAGCUCUCUCAGUUCUGUGGCAUCUUCAGUAAGCAGCAAGCCAAGCCGUACAGGACUAUUGACAGAAACGUCUUCCCGGUACGCAAGAAAAAUUUCUGGUACUACAGCCCUGCAGGAGGCACUGAAGGAGAAGCAGCAACACAUUGAGCAGCUCCUGGCUGAAAGGGACUUGGAGAGGGCAGAAGUUGCUAAAGCAACCAGUCACGUAGGGGAAAUAGAGCAGGAAUUAGCACUUGUUCGAGAUGGACAUGAUCGGCACGUACUGGAGAUGGAAGCAAAAAUGGACCAGCUACGAGCUAUGGUGGAGGCUGCUGAUAGGGAGAAAGUGGAGCUUCUCAAUCAGCUUGAGGAAGAGAAAAGGAAAGUUGAAGACCUUCAGUUCCGAGUAGAAGAAGAAUCCAUUACCAAAGGAGACCUAGAGCAAAAGAGGCAGAUUUCGGAAGAUCCAGAAAAUACGCAGACCAAACUGGAGCAUGCCCGCAUUAAGGAGCUUGAACAGAGCCUGCUCUUUGAAAAGACCAAAGCUGACAAACUCCAGAGGGAGUUAGAAGACACUAGGGUGGCCACAGUAUCGGAAAAAUCUCGCAUCAUGGAACUAGAAAGAGAUCUAGCAUUGCGUGUGAAGGAAGUAGCUGAGCUUCGAGGGAGAUUAGAGUCUAGUAAACACAUUGAUGAUGUGGACACUUCUCUUUCAUUGUUACAAGAAAUAAGUUCCUUGCAGGAAAAAAUGGCAGAAGUUAGUAAGGAACAUCAGAAUGAGAUGAAUUCAAUGAAAGAGAAGUUUGGAAUUAGUGAAGAAGCUCUACAGAAGGAGAUCAAAUCACUUUCAGCUUCAAAUGAGAGAAUGGCAAAAGAAAAUGAGUCCUUGAAAACCAAGCUUGAUCAUGCCAACAAGGAAAAUUCAGAUGUAAUAGAGCUAUGGAAAUCAAAGCUGGAGUCUGCGAUUGCCUCGCAUCAGCAAGCAAUGGAAGAACUAAAAGUUUCUUUCAGCAAAGGUGUAGGGGCUCAGACUGCAGAAUUUGCAGAGUUAAAGACUCAGAUUGAGAAAAUUAAAUUAGACUAUGAAAAUGAAAUGUCCAAUUUAAAACUGAAGCAGGAAAAUGAAAAAUCUCAUCAUUUAAAGGAGAUUGAAGCACUGAAAACCAAGCUGUUAGCAGUCACAGAGGAGAAAGAGCAAAACCUGGAAAACCUGAAGACCAAACUGGAAACUGUGGAAGAGCAACAUCUGGUAGAAAUGGAAGACACUUUAAACAAAUUACAGGAAGCUGAAAUAAAGGUAAAGGAGCUAGAGGUACUGCAAGCCAAGUGCAAUGAACAAACCAAGGUUAUUGAUAGUCUUACAUCACAGAUCAAAGCUGCUGAAGAAAAGCUUUUGGACCUUGCUGCACUUGAAAAAGCCAGUUCUGAAGGUAAAUUGGAAAUCCAGAAACUUAGCAAGCAGCUUGAGGCAGCUGAGAAACAGAUACAGCAUUUAGAGACUGAAAAGGUUGAUGGAAGUAGCAAGGUUAGUAAUCUGGCCAAAGAACUGCAGGGCAAAGAUCAAAAGCUUCUAGACCUUGAGAAAAACUUGAGUGCAGUAAAUCAAGUUAAAGAUUCUUUGGAAAAGGAGCUUCACAUUUUGAAAGAGAAGUUUGCUAAUGCAGCUGAUGAAGCAGAAAAUGUUCAAAAAACUAUGCAAGAAACAAUUAAAAAACUAAGCCAAAAAGAAGAGCAGUUUGCACUCAUGUCUUCAGAACUGGAACAGCUGAAGUCUAAUUUGACAGUUAUGGAGAAGAAAUUGAAAGAGAGAGAAGAAAGAGAACAACAACUGAUUGAAGCUAAAGUCAAACUUGAAAAUGAUAUUGCAGAGAUCAUGAAGUCUUCAGGAGAUAGCUCUACCCAGCUUACAAAAAUGAAUGAUGAGCUACGCUUAAAAGAAAGGCAUCUGGAACAAAUACAGCUUGAGCUUACAAAAGCAAAUGAAAAGACUGUUGAGCUUCAGGAAAAUGUGGAGCAGACAAAACAGAGAGCUGAACAGAGUCAGCAAGAAACUCUCAAGAUUCAUCAAGCAGAAGUGAAAAAAAUGCAGGAUCAACUAAUGGACCUGGAGAAGCAAAUUGAAACUAGCCAAAAUCAGUAUAAGGAUCUUCAGGCAAAGUAUGAAAAAGAAACUUCUGAGAUGAUCACUAAACAUGAGGCAGAUAUCAAAGGACUUGAGAAGAACUUGUUGGAUGCAGAAGAGACACUGAAAAUCGCACAACAGAAAAAUAAUGAAUUGGAAACACAGGCUGAGGAGCUGAAGAAACAAGCAGAACAGGCCAAAUCCUUAACCUCUGUGUUAGCAUCAGCCAGAAAAGAAAUUGAACUAAUGUCAGACAAGAUGAGGGGUUUGAUAUCAGAAAGAGAGACUCUGGCACAGGAGGGGAAUUCUUUAAAAUUAGAGAAAGAUUCAUUGUUAUCAAAACUUUUAGAGUUGGAAUCCAGGAUUAUGUUUUUGCAACAAGAUCAAGAAAAGCUUUGGACAAUAAAUGAAGAACUUAAUUCAGAAAAUAAGAAAAUAUCAAAGGAAAAGGAAGAAGCUGAGGCAAAAAGCCAGCAGAAAAGCACAGAAAAGAUGGCACUAAUUUCCGAGAAAGGCAAAUUACUCUCUGAAAUAGAGGCAGCACAAAAACAUCUUCUGAAGAUAACUCGAGAAAAUGAUGUUCUCCGGUCUGCAGAGUCAACCUUGCUCCAACAGUUGGAAGAACUUCAGGCCAGCAAAGAUGCCUUGGAUAUGGCAUGCCAGAAGCAGACCAGGGAACAGAAAGAACUGGAGGAUUAUCAGAAGAAACUUCUAGCAGAGAAUGAUGCACUUGUUAAAGACAAAGAUAAUGUCAUUCAGAAGCUGAAAAGUUCUUACGAGGACCUGGCCAGAGAUCAAAGAGAGCUGCUGCAAGAGUUGUCAGUUCUGAAUACAGAGAGAGAUUCAGCACUAGGUAAAUAUUUGGAUCUUGAAACUACACAUAUAGCCUUAAAAAAUGAAACAGACCAUCUGUUGCAAACAAGCCAGAGUCUGCAGUCUGAGAAGGAAGAGCUCCUUAAAGGCAAAGAAGAGCUGCAGGUGAGCUUAGCCUCUACUGUUAGUGAAAACCAGGCUUUAAAUGUGAGAAUAGAAGAGCUGCAAACAGAACUAGAGGCUGAACAUAAAGAACUUAAAAAGGUGCUAAAAGAUAAUAUGGAGUUGAAGGCUUCCCUUGAUAGCCUCUCUCAGCUUCUUGAGGAAAUUAAGGCCUCAAGGGAGGAGUCUGACUCUGAACGUAUUCAGUUACUUGAAGAGAAGGAGGCUCUUUCUUCAUCAGAACGAAGGCUUUUGGCUGGAAGGGAGGAACUUUUAAAUGAAAAUAAGGCAAUUACUGAAAAACUUGCUAAGGCCACAGCAGAUGCUGCGCUUACUGAGAGAGUCCUUACUGAGAAAAUCAAUGAACUGAGCUUAGAAAAGGAAUCUGUUUUUUGUAAGUCAUUGCAAUUUGAAAAACAGAAUGAAACUCUUUUGCAAGAGAAGAACGAAUUGGAGAGCAAAUACUUGGCACUUCUUGAUGCAAGUGAGUCUUCUGCAAAUGCAAUUUCUGAUAUGAAGAGAAAACACGAGCUGGAUGUCUCAGCCAGGAGAGUUCUGGUCCAAGAGAAUACCAAGCUCCAAGACUCCAUUCAAGCCCUCAAGGAAGAACUAGACAGGAAGACACUAGAAAAUCAAGAGCUAAUAGCUUGUAAAUGUGACCUUGCAGAUCUCUUGAAAGAGACUCAGGAUACCAAAAGAACAUUAGAAAAUGAACUGUCUGCCAUAUCACACGCCAAGCAAGUUCUGUCAUCUUCAUUCAAGACCUGUUCCUCUGAUAGGGAAAUGCUGAGUAGAGAGAGGACUGAACUGCAAGAAAAGUGUCAGAAGUUAAAUGGAGAGGUUGAGAUUAUGAAAGAAAACUUAGCUAUAGAAAAGGAAGCUAGGAAGCUGGACAAGGAAUCCUUUUUGUUAGAACGUAUGGAACUUCAAAACACCACCAGCUUCUUAGAGAAGGAAAUAGAAGAGCUGAAAGAGAAAAAUAAAGAAUUACUGACUGAGAAAGAACUUUUGGUUCAGGAGAAAGAAAAAUCCAAAUCUAAACUGGAGGAAAUAGUCAAAGAAAAGGAGAUUCUCAGUGCAGAGACUAAGCAACUUGCUUCCAAUAUUGAACAACUGAAGACUGACUUUGCUUCUUUGUCUAAAUCAAAAGCAGAGCUCCAGGACUUGCACAGCUGUCUCUCCAAGAUCCUGGAAGACCUUAGAGACAGCCACGAGGUGACAGAGAAGGAGAGGAUAAAGUUGCUCCAGGAAAAUGAGAGCCUGCUUGCUGAACAGAAGUGUCUGCUCGCCAUUAAAGAAGAAAUACUAAAAGAGAAGGAGAAAUUCUCCAAGGACUAUUAUAAACUGCAUGAAGAAGUAGCACUUUUAGCACAAACUAAUAGUGACCUCUCAGGCAAACUACUGGCCUUUCAGGACAAAAACCAGAUGCUGCUGGAGGAGAUGAACAGUAUGACUUUGAAACUAAAAGAAAUUGAGACUCUUCAGGCCCAAACAGUAACGCAAAAAUCUGAGGCUUCUAAAAUGGCAGAAGAUGCUUUUCAGAUGGUGGAGCAGGUGACCAAAGAGAAGGAUGCCCUUCACAAAGAAAAGACUGAAACUUUGGCCUCUUUGGAAAGCUCUAGGCAGACAAAUGAGAAGCUGCAGAAUGAAUUGGACAUGCUUAAACAGAACAACUUGAAAAAUGAAGAGGAACUUACUAAAUCAAAAGAACUUCUAAAUCUAGAGAACAAGAAAAUGGAAGAAUUUAGAAAAGAAUUCGAAGCACUGAAGCUGGCAGCUGCUCAGAAGUCCCAGCAGCUUGCAGCUUUGCAAGAGGAGAACGUGAAACUUGCUGAGGAGCUGGGCAGGAGCAGGGACGAAGUCACCAGUCAUCAGAAGCUGGAAGAAGAGAGAUCAGUACUCAAUAACCAGUUAUUAGAGAUGAAAAAGAGGGAAUCAACAUUAAAAAAAGAAAUUGAUGAAGAGAGAGCAUCGUUACAAAAAUCCAUCAGUGUUACUAGUGCCUUGAUCUCACAGAAGGAUGAAGAACUGGAAAAACUCAGAAAUGAGAUCACAGUGCUCCGUGGAGAAAAUGCUUCUGCAAAAACCUUGCAGUCGGUGGUUAAGUCACUGGAGUCUGAUAAGUUGAAGCUUGAGGAAAAGGUGAAGAACUUGGAGCAAAAACUCAAGGAAAACAAGAAACAGCCUUUAACUGUAACUAGCUCCUCAGGUGACACUGCCACUAAUCUACUUCAAGAUGAAAGUGCAAAGGAGAGUCAGAUUGACUUCCUCAAUUCAGUGAUAGUUGAUCUGCAAAGGAAAAAUGAAGAACUGAAGCUGAAGGUGCAAACAAUGUGCGAAGCAGCCCUCAAUGGCAAUGAAGAGGAGCUAAUUAAUUAUGACAGUGAGGAAGAAAGCCAAUCAAAGAGGAAACCUCGCCUCUUCUGCGAUAUCUGCGAUUGCUUUGAUCUUCAUGACACUGAAGACUGUCCAACCCAGGCACAGAUGUCCGAUGAUCCUCCCCAUUCAACCUACCAUGGCAGCAGGAAGGAAGAGCGCCCGUAUUGUGAUAUUUGUGAGGUGUUUGGGCACUGGACAACCAAUUGCAAUGAUGAUGAGACCUUCUGAUGCAGUUCAAGGCCAGGAGAACAAACUGUUUGUACGCACUAACUGGACGAUUUAUACCACCAGCAUUUGUGUGUGCAGAUGUCAGGAAAAGGGACUGCAUUUCUUGACCCCUUGCUGUCGUUCUCCUCACUCAUCCACUCCAGAAUCAAAUUGAUAAAUAUUUUGCUCUUCCACUAAUAAAUACCGUAUUCCCCUUUAGUAAACUUAAGUGAAAUAUAAAUAAAUGAUUUAACGAAUGAUUUUAUGCUGUUUCUUCCCACCUUUUGGGUUUGUACAAUCUCUAACAGGAUCUACCCCCCUACCCUUGCAUCUAUUGAUGGGAAAACAUGUAUAGAAGAGUGCUGCAGUUAUGUUAAAGCUUAUUUAAAUACCUUAAAGAUUAUGCUGUUAAUUUUCAUAUUUGCACUAAACCAUUAAGGCUGCAUUUGUACAUGUA